AUGUUGAAAUUUGAGGCCACGUCGAAGAAAGUUAUAACCAGGGCCGAGUGGGAGAAGAAGCUCAAUGAUGUUAAAGUUAGAAAGGAAGAUAUGAACAAAUUGGUUAUGAACUUUCUAGUUACAGAGGGUUAUGUGGAGGCUGCUGAAAAAUUUCGACUCGAAUCCGGGACAGAGCAUAUAGAUCUUGCUACAAUCACCGACCGUAUGGCAGUUAAGAAGGCAGUACAGAGUGGCAACGUGGAGGAUGCUAUCGAGAAAGUUAAUGAUUUGAACCCGGAGAUACUGGACACAAACCCUCAACUCUAUUUCCAUCUCCAACAGCAGCGUUUGAUAGAAUUGAUCCGAAAUGGGAAGGUAGAAGAAGCUCUUGAGUUUGCUCAAGAGGAACUUGCUCCACGGGGAGAGGAAAACCAAAGCUUUCUAGAAGAGUUGGAGAGAACUGUUGCACUGCUCGCUUUUGAAGAUGUGGCCAAUUGCCCUGUUGGCGAUCUCCUUGAUAUCUCUCAACGCCUUAAGACAGCCAGCGAGGUGAAUGCAGCUAUCCUCACCAGUCAAAGCCAUGAAAAAGAUCCAAAGCUUCCAAGCUUGUUGAAAAUGCUUAUAUGGGUUCAAAAUCAGCUGGACGAGAAAGCCACUUAUCCUCGAAUUACCGAUUUCUCCACUGCAACCCUCGAAGACCCUGCUGCUUGAGAGCUCAAGUAAUUUAAAUUAUAAGGAAAAAAGCUCGAAAUGUUAAAAUAGCGGGGAUUCAUCUGUAUCUAUAAGCACUUUUUUUUUCUUCAUAUUGAGUUAUUGUUGACUGUUUGUGGUUUUAGCCUCUGGAUGUUCUUACAAGUUCCAAUGAUUAUGAUAGUCAAAACUGUUUUGCAUCCCAAGUCUAAUAAUUAGGAGUUAUUUUGCCUUGUUAAUGGUUUUGCCCUAUCUUGAUUAGUUUGUGGAUUAGCUUAUACAGUAUCUUUGAAGAAAUUAUGCUGGUUCAUUUUAUCUAGAUUAUGUAAUUUGCCUAUGACUGUGUGUGGGUGCCUUUUCUUUUUUCUGUGGUAAGUUUUAUUUUGGAAUUUUUAUAGAAAAUAAGGAUUCUGCAAAUUGAAUUAAGAUAUUGAAUGAUAAUGUGGACUUUUACCAUGAAAUACUAGAUAAUUGGUGACUCCAUAAA